AUGGCCUCCAGUGCUAGGAAGGCUGUGACGCCAUCAGCAGAUAUCCAGAGCUUCUCUGAAUAUCUGAAAGGCUGCCGGCGGAUUCUCGCUCUUCUUGGGGCAGGCACCUCUGCGGCUUCCGGCCUUCCAACAUUUCGCGGGACAGGAGGUCUGUGGCGUCAAUACGAUGCAACUGCUCUGGCAACGCCAGAGGCCUUUGAAAAUGACCCUGGACUGGUCUGGCAAUUUUACAGUCAUCGCAGGCACAUGGCUCUUCGAGCGCAGCCUAACAGAGCACACCAUGCCUUAGCGGAGCUGGCACGGAGGAACAAGGAUUUUGUUACCCUUUCGCAAAAUGCUGAUGGGCUCUCGCAGCGAGCGCAACAUCCCUCCGAGCAGCUGAACUUGCUUCACGGCUCUCUGUUCGACAUCAAAUGUACAUCAUUCUAUUGCCACUACGUACGAAAAAAUGACUUUUCCGAUCCAAUCGUGCCUGCAUUGGAGCUUCCAAGGCACCCUUCAUUUCCAGCCACCUCUGCUGUUGAUGAGGACAAUGAUCGAAGUGAACCAUUACUCGGCAAGUCUGGAGGAAAGACGCCGCCCUACAAGAGCAUGGACAUCUCCGAUGAGAGCGUUCCAAUUCCCAAGCUAGCUCCAGAUGAUCUGCCACGGUGCCCAGAAUGCAAGGGCUUACUACGGCCUGGUGUCGUCUGGUUUGGGGAGCCCCUGCCAACUGAUACCCUGACAAGGAUUGAUGAUUGGAUUGCGAGUGCCUCAGUCGAUCUGAUUUUGGUCAUUGGUACAAGUGCACGCGUGUAUCCGGCUGCAGAAUAUGUUGAUAUUGCACGCGAUCGUGGAGCAAAGGUCGCCUUGGUAAACAUGGAAAAAGACAUGCCCCGCCAUGGGAAAGGUGAUUGCGACUGGUUUUUCCAGGGGGACGCGAGCGUCGUAGUACCAGAAAUACUGAAGGGGGUCAUCGGGGACAUCUGA